UUUAUAGGUUUAGCGGAAAUUGCUUUCUCCUGCUCUCCAGAUUACAUACAGUGGGGUUGUAUUUUUUUUUUCUUUUUAUAAAACAUCCUUCUAAUAAUGAACAGACCAAAGAUGUCUUAAGAGAGAAGAAUAACAGCCUUUUCCUUUUUGUUUUUUCUUGAGAAACUUUGAAUUUGGAAACCCAUGUUGGCUGUCCAGAAUAUGAAAGCUGGCGUCGUCCUCUUAUGGUGGGGGUGGAUUUUGGCCACUGAAAGCAGAGUGCACUGGCGAGGAAGAGAAACCCACGAGAUGCCUAAGAAAGGCAGCCCGGUUCUGAAACGAAGCCCUGACAUCACCAAAUCGCCACUGACAAAGUCCGAGCAGCUUCUGCGGAUAGAUGACCAUGAUUUCAGCAUGAGGCCUGGCUUCGGAGGCCCGGCCAUUCCUGUUGGUGUGGAUGUGCAGGUGGAAAGCUUGGACAGCAUCUCAGAGGUUGAUAUGGACUUCACCAUGACCCUCUACCUGAGGCACUAUUGGAAGGACGAGAGGCUGUCUUUCCCAAGCACCAACAACCUCAGCAUGACGUUCGAUGGCCGGCUGGUGAAGAAGAUCUGGGUCCCCGACAUGUUUUUUGUGCACUCCAAACGCUCCUUCAUCCACGACACCACCACGGACAAUGUCAUGCUGCGGGUCCAACCCGACGGGCAAGUGCUCUAUAGCCUCAGGGUUACAGUGACCGCAAUGUGCAAUAUGGACUUUAGCCGAUUUCCCCUGGACACACAAACGUGCUCUCUUGAAAUUGAAAGCUAUGCCUAUACAGAAGAUGACCUGAUGCUGUACUGGAAAAAAGGCAACGACUCCUUAAAGACAGAUGAGCGGAUCUCGCUCUCCCAGUUCCUCAUUCAAGAAUUCCACACCACCACUAAACUGGCCUUCUACAGCAGCACAGGCUGGUACAACCGUCUGUACAUUAACUUUACGUUGCGUCGCCACAUCUUCUUUUUCUUGCUCCAAACUUACUUUCCGGCUACCCUGAUGGUCAUGCUGUCCUGGGUGUCUUUCUGGAUCGACCGCAGAGCUGUGCCUGCCAGAGUCCCCUUGGGUAUCACCACGGUGCUGACCAUGUCCACCAUCAUCACGGGCGUGAAUGCCUCCAUGCCCCGCGUGUCCUACAUCAAGGCCGUGGACAUUUACCUCUGGGUGAGCUUUGUGUUCGUGUUCCUCUCGGUGCUGGAGUACGCGGCCGUCAACUACCUGACCACGGUGCAGGAGCGCAAGGAGCGGAAGCUGCGGGAGAAGCUUCCCUGCACCUGUGGAUUGCCUCAGCCACGCGCUGUCAUGCUGGAUGGCAGCUACAGCGACGUGGAGGUGAAUGACCUGGGCAGCUACAUGCCAGAGAAUGGGGAGAAGCCAGACAAGAUGAUGGUGCAGCUCACUCUGGCCUCAGAGAGGAGCUCCCCGCAGAGGAAAAGUCGGAGGAGCAGCUAUGUGAGCAUGAGAAUCGACACCCAUGCCAUUGAUAAAUACUCCAGGAUCACUUUUCCUGCAGCAUACAUUUUAUUCAAUUUAAUAUACUGGUCAAUUUUCUCAUAGAUGCCUGUAAUUCUGUAAAUUUUACAUUCUUUUAUGUGUACUACAGGAAUAUCUGUAUGGUACAAAGUAAGGUUAUGGGGGGGAAAAAAGCUCCUAGUACUUACCCCUUUCCAGCUUUUCAAAACUUGACAAGACACUCCUGGUUUAAUUUGCACUUAUUAACCAUCUAUUGUACACACAGCAUGAUACUAGGUGCUGCUGGAACACAAUACCCAUAGCAACUGGUGGUAGUUGUUACUGGAAUCUCCUGGAAAUACACUGUACCAGGCUUGUGGGCACACUGUAUUCAACCUCUUUUAGACCCUAGAUGCUUAUUCACAUGAAUGAUUUCCUUUAUGUGAGCGUUAUGUUCUUUGGACUGGGUGCAACUGGAAUACACUGAAAACUCACUUGUACAAAAUAUAUGUGCACCCGAAAAUUCCUCCUUUGACCAAAAUUCAUGCUUCAGUUUAUAGCCUAUUGCCUAUUUUUGAUGUAUUGCCUCACCUUUAUUUUACUACAAGGCAAUAAUAAUAUUCUAUUUGUAUUUAUGGCUUGUGGUUCAUGAGGUUUCUCUUCUUUACAAGGAAAGUUCUUUAGACGGUGCAAUUACUUUGAUUUUGGUAGGAAUUUCCCUGGCAGGGAUACCUGGAAG